UUGCAACAUUUGACAUCCAUCCAAGUGAUCGGAGCAUCGCCGGCAUCCAUUCCCGGUGGAACCGAUGAUGCAGGGAAGCCCCCUGAGCCCCGAUGAGCACCGGCUGACCUCGCCGCCGAGCCUGCACCAGCCGGCGUCGACCAUCGUGGUUGCCAUCGACCGGGACCGCAACAGCCAACUGGCCAUGAAAUGGGUGGUGGACCACCUCCUCUCCGGCGCCUCCCAUAUCAUUCUCCUCCACGUGGCGGCCCACCCUCCUGCAGCCAACCAUGGAUUUGCCAUGGCUGAGACGACGCAGGACGCGCUGGAGGCUGAAAUGAUGGAGAUCUUUGUCCCCUUCAGAGGAUUCUGCUCUAGGAAUGGGGUGCAAGAAUCGGAGGUGAUACUGGAAGAGGCAGACGUCCCCAAGGCCAUCAUAGACUACAUCACCGCCAACAAGAUCCAGAGCAUCGCGCUGGGCGCGUCCAACAGGAACGCAUUCACCAAGAAGUGGAAGAACCCCGACGUGCCCUCCAGCCUCAUGAAGGGCGCGCCCGACUACUGCAACAUCUACGUGGUCGCCAAGGGCAAGCCCGUCAACGUCAGGCUCGCCAAGUGCGGCGUGCCGGCCGACGACAGCGACUUCCUCCUCGCCACCUACUCCAGGAGGAGCUCCAGGAGCCAGCUGCCGCCGGUCUUGCCCGACUUUUUGUCCUCCAGCAGGCGCUCCAUCGACAGGCCCGAGCUCACCACGCGCCCGCCGUUCCGCGAGCGCCCCCUGCAGGCGUCCGCGACCAAGCAGCCCCUCCUUCUGUCGGGAAGGAUCGACAGCACCACGCUGCGCUCCAACUCCCACGACCCAUCCAGCCUCGACCCCGACUUCGCACAGGCCGUGCAUUUCUCCUCCAUGGACUUUGGCGAGAACAUGGACGCGCUCCCCCUCAGCCCCCGGGAGUCCGGCUCGCCCCUCUCCGCCGCCCAGCGCGAGGUGGAGGUGGAGAUGAGGCGGCUCAAGCUGGAGCUGAAGCAGACCAUGGACAUGUACAACGCAGCAUGCAAGGAGGCCAUCAACGCCAAGCAGAGGGCCAAGGAGAUGCACCUGCUCAAGAUGGAGGAGGCGCGGCGCCUGGAGGAGGCCCGUCAGUCGGAGGAGGCCGCAUUGGCGCUGGCCGAGAUGGAGAAGGUCAAGUGCCGGGCCGCCAUGGAGGCUGCCGAGGCCGCGCAGCGUCUCGCCGACCUCGAGGCACAGCGUCGCCGCAACGCCGAGGUGCGCGCGCGCCGGGAGGCCGACGAGAAGGUGCGCGCCCUCGACGCCAUCGCCAACCACGACUUCCGCUACCGCAAGUACAGCAUCGACGAGAUCGAGAUCGCCACCGAGGGCUUCUCCGACAGUCUCAAGAUCGGGGAAGGCGGCUACGGCCCCGUCUACAGCGCCAGCCUCGACCACACUCCGGUCGCCGUCAAGGUGCUCCGCCCGGACGCCCAGCAGGGCCGGAAGCAGUUCCAGCAGGAGGUGGAGGUGCUCAGCUGCAUCCGCCACCCCAACAUGGUCUUGCUCCUCGGUGCCUGCCCGGAGUACGGCUGCCUCGUCUACGAGUACAUGGAGAACGGCAGCCUCGAGGACCGCCUGUACCGCCGCGGCGGCACGCCGACGCUCCCGUGGAGCCAGCGCUUCAGGAUCUCGGCUGAGAUCGCGACGGCUCUGCUGUUCCUUCACCAGACCAAGCCGGAGCCGCUGGUGCACCGAGACCUCAAGCCGGCCAACAUCCUGCUGGACCGCAACUACGUGAGCAAGAUCAGCGACGUCGGGCUGGCGCGCCUCGUGCCACCGGCGGUGGCGGACAGCGUCACGCAGUACCGGCUGACUGCCACGGCGGGCACCUUCUGCUACAUUGACCCGGAGUACCAGCAAACGGGCAAGCUGGGCGUCAAGUCGGACAUCUAUUCUCUGGGCGUGCUGCUGCUGCAGGUGAUCACCGCGCGGCCGCCCAUGGGGCUGACGCAUCACGUCGAGAAGGCCAUCGAGUCCGGAACCUUCGCACAGAUGCUGGACAUCACCGUCAAGGACUGGCCCGUCGAGGACGCGCUGGGGUUCGCCAAGCUCUCGCUCAAGUGCACGGAGAUGCGGCGGCGGGACCGACCGGACCUCGGCACCGUCAUACUGCCGGAGCUCAACCGGCUCAGAAACCUCGGCAUCGCCUACGACCAGGCGCGGGCCACCGUCCCUGCUGGCGACAGCAGCUCGCACGGGCAGGAAAGGGUUAGCUCACCGAUGGCUGACGCGGGGUUGUGGAGAACGGCGGAAAGCUAGCAUUGGCGCACACACACACAGGGUUGUCUGUAUAUUAGCUCCGUUUCAGAUAGAGAGUGAGCUUAAGUAAUUACAAGAGGAGAGGGGCAUUAUGAAUGCCCACGUUCUUUUUGAGGUUAAAAAUACUUUACCUUGGUGUAUGUAGUUUCUAGCAUGCUUAACAUUGGUGUAUGUAGUUUCUAGCA